AUAACGCCGGCUGCUCCCCAGCGGGUCACUCACUGCACCUUCCUGCCACCCCAGGCAGUGUCUGGGCCCUCAGCUCCCCCUCCCUACCCACCCCCACACACCCACUACUACCACCACCACCGGCCCCACAGCCACCGGCCCCCCGGGAUACCCAGCCCAGGAGGAGGAGACACCGAACCUAGAGACAUGGGAGUUCGAGGAGCAUUGCAUCUUCUGCUCGUGUGCCUGAGCCCAGCACUGCUGUCUGCUGUGCGGAUCAACGGGGAUGGCCAGGAGAUCCUGUACCUGGCGGAAGGUGACAAUGUGAGACUGGGCUGCCCCUACAUCCUGGACCCUGAGGACUAUGGUCCCAAUGGGCUGGACAUCGAGUGGAUGCAGGUCCACUCAGACCCCUCACAACGGGAGAAUGUGUUCCUUAGUUACCAGGACAAGAGGAUCAACCACGGUAACCUCCCCCAUCUGCAGCAGAGGGUCCGCUUUGCAGCCUCGGAUCCCAGCCAGUACGAUGCUUCCAUCACCCUCUCGAACCUGCAGGUAUCCGACACAGCCACCUAUGAGUGUCGGGUGAAGAAGACCACCAUGGCCACCCGGAGAGUCAUCGUCACUGUCCAAGCACGGCCCGCGGUGCCCAUGUGCUGGUCUGAGGGCCACAUGACUCGCGGCAACGACAUAGUCCUGAAGUGCUUUGCCAAUGGGGGCAGCCCGCCUCUCUCCUACAAGUGGGCCAAGAUCAGCGGGUACACCCACCCCUACCGUGCCGGGUCCUACCACUCCCAGCACAGCUUCCACUCUGAGCUCUCCUACCAGGAGUCCUUCCACAGCACCAUAAACCAAGGACUGAGCAAUGGUGACCUGGUGUUGAAGGCCAUCGGCCCUGAGGAUGAUGGGCUGUAUCAGUGCACAGUGGCCAACCACGUGGGCUACAGCGUGUGUGUGGUGGAGGUGAAGGUCUCAGACACCAAGCGCAUAGGAAUCAUCAUCGGUGCAGUGCUGGGCUCUCUGCUCAUGUUGGCCUGCCUGUUUGUGGGCAUCUGGGGGCUCGUCUGCUGGUGCUGUGGGGGCACCGGGACCGGUGGCACCCGCGGUGCCUUCGGUUAUGGCAACGGCGGCGGGGUCGGCGGAGGGGCCUGCGGCGACUUGUCUAAUGAGAUCAGAGAGGACGCCGUGGCGCCCGGGUGCAAGGCCAGCGGGCGCGGCAGCCGCGUCACCCACCUCCUGGGGUACCCGACGCAGAACAUCAGCCGCUCCCUGCGCCGCAAGUACGCGCCCCCGCCCUGCGGCGGCCCGGAGGACGUGGCCCUGGCGCUCCGCACCACCGCCCCCGCCGCCGCCGCCGCCGCCGCCACCUGCGAAGCAGGCCCCUCCCCGGUCUACGUCAAGGUCAAGAGCGCCGACCCCGCCGACUGUGCCGCGGAGGGGCAGCUGCCGGGCAAGGACGGCCUCUUAGUGUGAGCGCGCCGUGCCGGGCUGCGCCCCGGCGGGGAGGAGGGUGCGGGGCUCUCUGUCCGCAGCUGGGGACGCGCUGGGGCCGGCUCCAACCUCGCCUGCCCCGGGCCGCCCGGCGGCUGGGGGCUGAAGGCGUUUCCCUCGGGAACCGAGUAGGGAGGCUGAGCCUCCUCCCCCUCAAGGGGGGAGGGGGGCGUCGGGAGAGGGUGUCGAAAGGCCAUCUGGGCCCUCUUCGCAACCCCUGGUCCACGAGGCUCCGGGAGAGGGAGGGAGGAGAAAGAGUUCCAAAACGCUGGAGGCAGAAGGCCCGGUGUCCUCAGCCUAGGCAGAGAGCCCCAGGAGCCGGGUGGGUGGGAGUCGACUGAAUUGUUGUGUGUAUGUGAUCUGAGCUCCGAGGCGGCAUUGUUAGCACAAUAAAGACAAUGUAAGACUUGA